AUGAAGAUAAUUAUUCAAAUCUGGAAAAGGAUAUGGGAGAAUUUUAGAAAGUCGAAGAAUUUUCAUUAUGCAGACGAAACGUCGGAAGACGCAAUUUGUAAAAAACAUUUUUUGGAUAAUGUAUCAGUAGAUUCAACGGGAAAAUUUGUCGUAAAACUGCCGUUUCGUGAUAACGUAGACAAAUUAGGCGAAUCAUAUAAUAUCGUGGUAAAAAGAUUCUUAUCGUUAGAGCGGCAUCUUGCAAAAAAUCCCGAGCGAUAUAGUCAGUAUAAAGGUUUCAUGGAAGAGUAUGAACGUUUGGGACAUAUGGAAAAGGUUAAUGAGGAUAAUGACCUAUCAGGGAAAACGUAUUAUAUGCCACAUUCCUACGUUCUAAAUGAUAGUAGCCGAUCAACUAAAUUACGAGUAGUAUUUGACGGCUCAUGCAAAUCAGAAUCUGGACUAUCGCUAAACGAUGUACUGUUAAAGGGCCCCAUAUUACAAAACGAACUCAUAUUAAUCGUUGCUAGAUUUCGUACCCAAAAAUAUGCAUUUUCAGCUGACAUAAAAAAAAUGUAUAGUCAAGUAUGGGUUGAUAAGGCGGAUUGA